AAUCAGAUGGCGUGUUGGAUUCUCUACCUGUUUGACCGAGGGAUACAUUAUUGGGUAAGUGAGAAAAUGUUUCUCCAUAAAACUAUUUUAAUUGAUGAAAACGGCUGAUUUUCCGUCCGGUUUUAGAAAACCUCGUUGUGUACAAGAAUAUAUACGUUACCUAACAUAAUUUUGAUGUCUGUAUUCAUGAACACUUUUUUUAUCACCUUUUGUGAGAAUAAAGACCGUUGUUUGUGCGAAGUGCACGAUGUGAUCAGUUAGCUCACUGACCUGCUAGCAGUCAGGUUAGCUUGUAGACUAGCCUCAGAGGCGGUGUCUUUAGACAGAGUGUUAUGCCAAAAACUACUCAUGCCUGUGAUUUUAUACACACUUUCAGACAACUGCACGGGCAGAAAACAUGGGUGGGAUCAAACAAGAGCAGGGGGAUUCAUCCCAGCAAGCCAAACCUUCACACUCAGCAGAUCCACCACAGGAAGAGGUAAGUCGUGGUAUUUUCUGUGUGAUCAGGAUCCAUCUGCAAACUGGUCAUCUCUCAUCAUGUAAUUGGACGCCAUGUUUAAGAAGUGAAACUGUUUACCUUUUUGGUUAGGUAUGUAAGGGUAAUUCUUAGGAGUAUUACAUAGUUAUUAUAUAAAAAUUAAAUAAAGAAAGUAAAAACAGUAAGGAAAAGCUAGGGCCUAGUGAAGAAUAAACCUGAAAUUAUUAUAUAGAGGGGUGGGUGAUUGUAUUGGGAUUGGAGACUGGGAAAAUCAUUAGUGAAUUUGCAGACAUUAUUGGAUUAAGAAACAAUUUAACAAUGAAAUAGUUUCCUAAAUUUUACCCUCUGUUACUACACUCGGGUGGAAGGUAGUGUGAGUGGAAGGAAAAAAUAUAAAAAAGAUGUGAAUUCUCAAAAAAAUGUAUUAUGCCAUAUCAAAAUAAAACAAAAAAGGGUCAAAUUAAUGAAAUACUUGGCAAAAAUAUCCCCUGCAGGGGAAGAAAAAUGAAAUAUUAGUCCAAAAUAAGUCCACCAAAACAGGCUCUCCUCACAGCCUCACAUCUCAUGUGCCACACAUCUCACAGACUGCUGAUUUCACUCAGCCCAUAUGCUCUGCUACCUGUAGUGUUAAUCACAGCCUCACAGAAUUCAGGUGUGUCCAUUCUCACCUGCAGAUAGUCGAAGGGAGAGAAGCUGCAGCAAUCACAAAAAGGGAAAACAGAAUCCCCCAAAGGGAAAAAAAAACUGCACACACCCCAUAUUUAGAGGGGAAUGUAAACGCCAUAUGCAUCUAAUAUAUACCUUAAACCAAUAUUGCUUGGGUGCUAGAGAAAUGUGCACUUUCCUUUAGCCUUCACAAUAAUUGGCGAGGACUCUAUGGUCUCAUAACACCCCCCCAAAAAAAAAAAUUUGCACAAGGUUGAAAAAGGUACAAUUACACAUACAAGUAGACUUCAAGAGUGUUGAUCCAUUUUUUUUGCAGCCAAAAAAGAGAGGCUGGCCAAAAGGAAAGAAAAGAAAGAAGGUCCUGCCAAAUGGUCCGAAGGCACCAGUCACAGGAUAUGUCAGAUUCCUAAAUGAGCGACGAGAACAUAUGCGAGCCCGAUAUCCAGACUUACCUUUCCCAGAAAUCACCAAGAGGCUUGGAGCAGAGUGGACUCGACUGGCCCUGAAUGACAAGCAGGUAUGAACAUGUGUACUGAAAACACUUUUUUAAGUUCUAGAUAUCUAAUACAUUUUUUUCUAUUUUAAACACUAAUGCUGUCUAGAUUUCUUAAAAAAUAUUUCUGAUCACUUGUUUAUUUAGCUCAAUGGAUUUUAGUUCAGUGUGACAACUUAAAAGGAAGGGCCAAAGAGUUGAAUUUUUUUUUGUAAAAUAUUCCUUGAGAUUUAGUAAAACAAUUUAAUGUACAUACAUGCAGCGUUACCUGGACGAGGCAGAGCGGGAGAAGAUGCAGUAUGCCCAGGAACUAAAGGAAUACCAGCAGACUGAGGCCUUUCAGAUCACAAGUGCUAAAAUUCAAGACAAGAGGAUCAAGAAAGGUGACAAUUGAGCCCAAAGGAAACAGGAUUAUAAGUUAAAUUUUAUAUUUUAAUACUCAAUGCCAUGUUAGCUGUAAAAUACAAACACUGUUAUUUUCUUUCAGAAGACUCUCCGUCAGUUAUCAUUAGAACAGGUUCAGAAUCAUCUGUUUCAAAGGUACAUGACACAUAUUCUCACAUGGUAUCCUGUUAUGUCAUUUUACAUAAUUUUCAAAGAAACUGAGUUGUUUAUCUGCAUAUGAUUCUUUUAGGCUUCUGACAUCUCAAGAUUUGAUAUCCCUAUCUUCACAGAGGAGUUUCUUGACCAGAACAAAGGUAAAAAGCAUGUACAUCUUGUUAAAUUGUACUUUAGCAUAGGUUAGACUAAUAAUUAAAUACUCCAUCUGUUGGCUCCUGAACACCACAUUGUUAUAGGUAUCAAGAUUCUGAAAUGAUUGUGCAGAAAGGUGAGAAUUGUGGUAUCCCCCUCAAAAACAGCAUUAUGUGACUAAUUGUUGCUUCACAAUGACUUAAUUCUCAAGGUUGUGGCCAUUCUCAUCUAAGGUGUAAUGCCAUAGAUAAAACAUAGAUACAAAACUGAUAUUUUGUUUUUUGGAUUUAGGUGCAAUGAAUAUAAAUCUGUUAAUUGUUUUUGAAUUAAUGUCUGAGUAAAAAAUUGAUAAAAGAAGUUACAGCAAUGGUUGACGAUUAAUGGACAUGUACCCAGCUGUGCUUCAAGUAUCACAGCAGCUUCUUGUCCUCAAAGGCCACCAUUGCUCGUUGACCUUCAAUAACAGGCUGUGCAAUGGAGUUUUUCAGCUUAGUGUCUGACUACAAGAGACCACAACACAUUUCCAUUUGAACACAUUGUACAUAUCAGUUAAGACUGUGGCUACUUUGUUAACAAAUGGAGCACCUGGUUAAUUCCUCGCUUUCUGUUUCUAGCUCGAGAAGCUGAGCUGCGAAGGCUCCGCAAAGCCAACAUAGAGUUUGAAGAGCAGAAUGCAGUGCUUCAGCGACACAUCAAGGACAUGUAUAAUGCUAAAGAGCGCCUGGAAGCUGAACUCGGACUGGAUGAAAAACGGACUCAGGCUCUUCAUCAACACCUCCUGACUAUUAAACACACAUUGGUCAAUAGUCUGUCUUCAAUUCCCCUGCCAGGUAUGUGCUUGUAUAAGGAAGGUUAGUUUAUUUGGCCCAUUUAUGUCUUAUGAUAGUGACAAAUCAGCUGAAAAAGGUGGUCCAGGAUUUAACUGAACUGGUUAGAUUUUCUGCUAAUGUGAAAACUGUUUUUUUUAUGGUUCUUAAUUUAGUGAGAACCAUAAAAAUGUGAGUCUGACUCUUUUACAUUUUUAAGGGGAUAAGUGUUACAGUUUAGAAUAAAGGAACACACAACAUACUAACACAGCAGUCGAUUCACAAAGAUACUGAUAACAGUGCGCAUGUUUGUCAUGCCGAGAUCUUGAGCAUGUUGACUUCAUUACAAUGUGGAUUCAACUGUUUGUAUCCACAUGCCAAAUAGUGGCACUUGAGUGAUGUGAAAUUUCCUUUUUUUCUAAGAGUACCUAGUCUCUACCUACUUUGAAACAGUUAGUGUAAUGAAUUGUAAUGAAUUGUAUCUUGGAAAAUAACUUUAGGGUUUUAGCCUUCAAUACCUGCAGGCACAGUGAAUAUGUGUCAGUGCUCAUUAGGACACAUUAGCUUUAAGAGAAAGAAUUCCCAGUGUAUGGAUUAAAGGAACUUUAUUUCUCAUACCCCACACGUUUAACAGUCUGUGGUAUGAAAUUAGUACCCAGGUCCAUUUCCAAGCCAGAAAUAAAAAUACAGUGCAAUACAAGAGCAAUCAUACAAGAGCAAAAUGUAAACAAAGAGCAAAAAGUAAACAAAUUUAAGUUAGGCUUUAAUUAGCCCUGUUGCAUUAAAUUUUCCGUAUGAAAGCAGCACCCUGAUUUAUAAAGUGAUGUAGUGCAGGUUCAGUCAAUGGAUGAUUAAAUGAUAUUGUGACGAAGUGUACACAUUUUUGGUUUACUUCUUUUCUUAACAGGUACAGGUGAGACUGCAUCUCUGGGGAACUUGGAUUCAUACCUUAGUCGUCUCAGUGGAGUACUGGAGGGAAACCCUCACAAGCAUCGCGCCCUGCUCACCCAGCUUUGUGAAGUCCUCUCUCAUCUCGACAGGUAACUGCAGCUCAUAGGACCAGCCUUGUAGAGUUGAAAUGUUACGUGAAGUCCUUUAGUCAACAUGCUGACACAAUGUUUUUCUUCUAAUGGAUCCUUCAUUGACCUGAUUCAACCUGAUCAUCUCACCAUUACAGCUUUCAACUUUGAACACAGCUUAUUCUAUAGGUGACGAUGUUUCUAAUCAAUUUAUUAUCGACAGCAGUGGUUGACUUCAUACAAAAAUGUCUGGAUCUACUCAAAUGUACUUUGCAAGUCAUAUUUAACAAUUUUUACUACGAAAAUAAAUCAUGAUUCGCCAGCCUGAUGCAAUUUAUUAAUGCUGAGACAUGCAUUUGAGAAAUUAGAGUGUUAGCUUCCAUUAAGUUUACAGUUCCUGGUGUAAAUGUAGUUAAAACGGACCAAAACAAAACAUUUCACUAGUUUAAAACCCAGUGACAUCACUUCAAAACAACACUGUCCCGAGUAAGACUGAAAGAGUUGCAGAGAGAGUAUUACAGCCCACACCUGACUCACGAGUUAAGCAAAAACCAAAGUUAAGGGAUUUCCCAACUACUUUAGAUGCAAAGGUAUUGUGCCAUAACAUAGCAAUCAAAGCACAGAUAAAAGUGGUUUUGUUUUUUAAUUUUAAACUUGGUUUCACUGUUCUGGCUUGAAUCACUCAGAUAUUUUGAUAAUGCUUUCCGAAAAUUACGACCUCCACAAGUCUUGGAUUUUUUAAACAAACCAGUCAACUGGUCCUCGUAUUAAGCCCACUGGUUUACAUACAAAAGUUGAACUUUUGGGUAGUGCACACAAUCAAAUCAAUAGUAAAAAUAUUAUAAGUCUCAUUUAAGUGUAAAGUUUUGCUUUGCCUUUAAUUGGAAAAGUCUGUUUUGUACAAUUUAUUGAAGUACUUAGCACAGUUGAGCAGAUUUUAAGCAGGUGAGUGAUGCCAGCGAAGAAAGCCAUGGCUUAUUAUAAUCAUUAUCAUUAAACCAUGUAGCAACAUGCAUUUUUCUAAAACUUUUGACAACUUUUUUUUGUCUCGUGUUUUUAUUCUUUGUCAGUGAGAAGUUAUGAGGAUGUUUCUGCUGGAAAACCUUUCAUUCCUGCACCAGAACUGUGCAUAGCAUGCUGGGUUGUAUUGAGCAAAGUUACUGCCAUUUAGAGCCUCUGGAUAUCUCAAGGACGGAAAAGGCAAGGGAAGACACUCAUAACACGACACGGUCUAUAUACAUACCUCUUUUAAUGAAUAUGUGUAUUCAGGAGAAUAUUUAUAUUCAUGCUAAUGAGUUUCUGUGAAUGUAAAUCUGUGUGGUGCUGAUAUGGGUUGUUACAAAACAGGUAUUCAUGUAAAUGAAAUUCUAUCUUCUGAGCUGCCUUCAUUGAGGAACUUGAGAUUGAUUCUGAUUCUAUUAUGCAGUAUGAGGUGUUUAUCCACUGUCUUAUGCUGCGUUUGAGUUACAAGAAACAAGAUGUUGCAGAAGGACCGCAUAUUUGUCCAAAGGUUGCUUAUAUUCAGACAAGGCAAGCGCUAAAAUAACUUUCGUAGAUGUAGCCAUCUUGUUUUUUGCCUUUUUCCGACUUGGUAACUGAAACACUGGUAACUUGGGUGUGACGUCAUUUUCAGCUCCAACAUCUGACUUCCGAGGUUACUCGAACGCAGCAUAAAAAUGACAAAACCAAUUGUUUUUCAGUUAAUGCCACUUGGCAUGUGAGGGGUGGGUUGUGUGUAUUGUAGUGUUAUGUAGAUUAAACUAAAAAAAAAUGAAAGGGUGAAAAUAAAAUGUUUGGGCAUGCAUGUUACAUUCAUAAGCUGUUGCAAACGGUGUCAGAUUUUCAUAUAUUUGCCAACUAUGUAUUUUCUGCAAUGUUCAUUAAACCUGACUGAAAUGUAUCCAACAUAA